AUCUGGAUAGAGAAAAUAAAGUAAAACAGGAUUCGUGAAUAACAUUUAUGGCUACUAGUUGUGUUCAUAUGAUGGGCUCCCUGGCCCUAAGCAUAAGCUGUUUGAUCAUUAUCAAUGCCAUUGCUGCUGCCGGCGAACAACGCCGCCUCCUGCAGGCUGAGACCGUUUUCGACAUCACCAAAUAUGGCGCCAAGGGCGAUGGCACCACCGAUGAUGCAAUGUCGCUUGUUCAAGCAUGGAAUGCCGGAUGCGACAGCACAGGGGGCGCGAGGAUUUUGGUCCCGCCCGGGAAAUACAUGAUGGGGGAAGUAGUCCUAAGUGGAGAGUGCAAGGCAGCACCGCCAAUGAUCAUCGAUAUUCAGGGCACCCUGUUGGCAAAUCCCAACCCGAGCUCCUACAGCAACCAGAAGUGGAUCUUGAUUGAGCACGUGGACAACAUUAAGAUCACGGGAGGAGGCACCCUUAACGCCCAAGGAGCAAAUGCAUGGAAGUACGCCAAAGAAGACGCGCACAUGCCCGUUAGUUUCACGUUCCAAUCGUCGCAAAAUGGGGACAUUAGCAACCUAAAUUUGGUGGACGCUAUGGGAUUCCAUAGCAAGUUGAUCGACAGUAUUAACAUCAAGGUGACGAAAAUGACCAUCACUGCCCCUGACGAAAGCCCCAACACGGACGGAAUCCAUCUCAGCAAUGCCACCAAUGUGGAGAUCACCGACUCCGUUAUUGGAACCGGCGAUGACUGCAUCUCCAUUGGCACAGGCAGCAAAAACAUCUUUGUCAAAAAUGUCAAAUGCGGACCCGGACAUGGUCUUGCUGUGGGGAGUUUGGGGAAGCGUCCGGACGAAUUGAGCGUGGGGAACAUCACCUUCAGUAGUUGUACCUUGACGGGCACAACCAAUGGUGCCCGAAUCAAGAGCUACCACAAGUCGCCGGUGAUGACUGCCACCAACAUCGUGUUCGAAGAUCUGACCUUGGAUAGCGUCAAGAAUCCCAUCAUCAUCGAUCAGCAUUACUUCUCCAAGAUGGUUGCUGAGCAAUCCAACGUCAAAAUCAGCGACGUCCACUUCAGAAGAAUCAAGGGCACCACAAUCUCCGAAAUUCCUAUCUUGUUUAACUGCAGCACAACCAACCCGUGCGACAACAUCGAAUUGGCUGACAUUGACUUGAAGCCUAUGGGGGAGGCCAAGACCGUCUCAUCCGCCUGUCAGAGCGCCACCGGAAUCAAGGCUUCCGGCACCGUCAUCCCUCCUGCUCCCACUUGCUAGGCUUUUUAUUAACAUAAAAAAGGAUGGAGUAGUAAUUUUAUAUCAGUCUUUGAUUAUUAUUUUUUUUUAUUUAAAUUGUUUGUGUAUUUGCGAUGCUAUGUGCAUAAUAUCAUUAUUGCACGUGUAGCGCCGCGCGGAUGGAGAAUUGCACACUAGAAUGAUUGCCCAAUUCUCAUGAAUAAAUCAACAGUUUAUUUUCUUAUUA